GCCUCCGCUUCUUUAGUUGUCAUCUUGAGAUGCUGAAAAAGCUUCCAUCUUUACCAAAAAACCCAACCAUGGAAACAACCAGAAGAUCACUUUCCUCCAUUUUCUUGCUGUUUCUCACUGUUUCUUGUGUUCUUGAUCCGACCCGUUUUGCAGAUGCAUCGGGUCAACAACCCAUCAAGAGGAUAGUGGUGUUGGUUCUGGAGAACAGAUCUUUUGAUCACAUGAUUGGGUGGAUGAAGAAAUCCAUCAAUCCGUCAAUCAAUGGUGUUACAGGUAAAGAAUGCAACCCAUUUUCAACCAACUUGACCCGAACACCAAACCAAGUAACACAAGAUGAGUCUAUCUGCUUCACUGAUGAUGCGAAGUAUGUGGAUCCGGAUCCGGGUCACUCGUUUGAAGAUGUGGAGAAGCAGGUAUUUGGGUCUAACCCAAUUCCUUCCAUGACUGGUUUCGUCGAACAAGCACUCUCAGUGUCACCCAAUCUUUCUGAAACAGUCAUGAAAGGAUUCAAACCUGAAAAUGUCCCAAUUUUUGCCAAAUUGGUCCAAGAAUUUGCAGUUUUUGACAGAUGGUUCUCUUCAAUUCCGGGUCCAACCCAACCCAACCGACUCUUUGUCUACUCAGCCACUUCCCAUGGAUCAACAAGCCAUGUAAAGAAGCAAUUAGCAAAAGGGUAUCCACAAAAAACCAUUUUUGAUUCGCUUCAUGAGAACAAGAAAGAUUGGGGAGUGUAUUUUCAGAACAUACCCACAACUUUGUUUUACAGAAAUAUGAGGAAAUUGAAGUAUGUAUUCAAGUUUCAUCAAUAUGGUACCUUCAAACAACAUGCUAAAGAUGGUAAAUUGCCAAAUUUGAGUGUAAUUGAGCCGAGAUAUUUCGAUAUAAAGGGUUUCCCGGCGAACGAUGAUCACCCAUCGCAUGAUGUCGCAAAUGGGCAGAAUUUAGUGAAGGAAGUUUACGAGACAUUAAGAGCAAGUCCACAAUGGAAUGAGAGCCUUUUGGUGAUCACAUAUGAUGAGCAUGGUGGGUUCUUUGAUCAUGUCAAGACUCCUUACAAAGAUGUACCGAGCCCAGAUGGGAACACUGGUCCAGCACCUUCGUUCUUUAAGUUCGAUAGGUUGGGUGUUAGGGUUCCCACCAUAAUGGUGUCUCCUUGGAUCAAGAAAGGAACCGUGAUUACUAGCCCAAAGGGACCAACACCCAGUUCCGAAUACGAGCAUUCUUCCAUUCCUGCUACCAUAAAGAAGAUGUUCAACUUGUCAUCGAACUAUUUAACUCAUAGAGACGCUUGGGCUGGAACCUUCGAGCAAGUCGUUGGACAACUGAGCUCUCCACGAACCGAUUGCCCUGAGGUUCUGCCUGAAGCUGCGCCAUUGAGAGAGACAGAGCCAGAUGAAGCGAGGGGACUGUCUCAAUUUCAGAGCGAAGUGGUUCAAUUAGCCGCGGUUCUUAAUGGUGACCAUUUCUUGAGUAGUUUCCCAGACGAGAUGGGGAAGAAAAUGAGCGUGAAAGAAGCCCACACGUAUGUCAAAGGUGCAGUUUCACGUUUUAUAACGGCUAGCAAAGAAGCUAUCAACUUGGGUGCGGAUGAAUCUGCGAUUGUCGACAUGAGAUCCUCUCUCACCACCAGAACCGUGAUUCACAACUAACGAUUCGCACCCAUCAAAAUUUCUAGAAUAUAUCUACGUUUUUUUUUCCUGGUUGUAAACUAAAAAAGUUGGAACCAGAUGUGUUGUCUCAAUGUUGUGUGAGGUAUCAAGUUAAAACUUUGUACCCUUUCACAAUUUGGUUACAACUUUUGUAUCAUUACACGAAUCUAGACUCGAAUACCAACAAUAAGAAGGCAAAGUUUAUAC